UCCUGUCAUCAUGUGUGGUUGAGUCACCGGCUUUGAAACGGAGCUGUUUUAACUUUCAGUGUGUUUUUAUUACAGAAUUAAAAUAGUUUCAUGAUUUUAUUAUUCAUCAGAUUUUAACGUGGGAGAUGAAAAAGGUGAAAAAACGCCAGCAGCUGAAUGGGAACAGAGCGACACCUGGGAGACCGGAAGAUCACAUGUCCUGGAGGAAGCAGAAGCUAGCAGACAUCCAGCAGGCUCUGAUCAGCGACCCUGUGGACAUCGAGACCCUGCGCAGUGCAGCUGUCAGCGAGGGAGGCUUGUUGACGGAUGACGUGCGAAGAAAAGUUUGGCCCAAGCUCCUUAACAUCAAUGUGUUUGACCUUCCUGCCAAGCCUGCUAAAAAUAUCCGCGAGAACCACAAAGACUACAACCAGGUGCUUCUCGAUGUCAGACGCUCCAUGCGCCGAUUCCCGAGAGGGAUGCGGGCUGAUGAGAGGGCAGUGCUUCAGGAGCAGCUGAUUGACAUCAUCCUUGACGUUCUGAGGAGAAACCCUCAGCUGCACUACUACCAGGGCUACCAUGAUAUAGUGGUCACCUUCCUGCUGGUGGUAGGAGAGCGCAUGGCCAUAGCGAUGGUGGAGAAGCUGUCCAAUCAUCAUCUCAGGGACUUUAUGGACCCCACCAUGGACAAUACCAAACACAUCCUGAAUUACCUGAUGCCCAUUCUGGAGCAGGUCGACCCCGAGCUACACAACUUCAUGCUGAGAGCUGAGGUCGGGACUAUCUUUGCUCUCAGUUGGCUGAUAACGUGGUAUGGCCAUGUCCUGUCAGACUUCCGGCAUGUUCUUCGGCUCUACGAUUUCUUCCUGGCCUCCCAUCCGCUCACGGCCAUUUACUUUGCUGCUGUGAUUGUGUUGUAUCGUGAGCGGGAGGUGAAGAGCAGUGAGUGUGACAUGGCCAGUGUUCAUCACCUGCUCUCUCAGAUUCCUCAGGACCUUCCAUACGAGCAGCUCAUCUCACACGCACACAAACUCUUCACCCUCUACCCUCCCGCCCAGCUCGCCUGCUCCACCACUCUGCAGUCCUUCAACAGCAUUGCCAUCAGUACCUUUCAGGACUUCCAGACAUCCACUCAAAAGCAGCGACCUGAUUCCAUCCUUCGGCAGCAACGUCAGCAUCCUCACCAGCACCAAGAUGCCCGCCUUGCCCUGGCCCACCCCCAGAUCGCUCAACCCAGCGGCACACAGCAGCUCAUCAGGAUGGCUGUGUGGGGCAUUUCAGCUACACUUGGUGCGGCUGCCCUGGCUGUCGCACAGACUGCCAUAGACUGGGCACCAGACUUUCUCCUGCAGCUGUUCUGACCUCCAGAGAGAGUGUCUGUGUCUGUGUGUGUGUGUCUGUGUGUGUGUGUGUGUGUGUGUGGUUCAUGCACCAAAUUCAGAGCGAGUUACCAGUAAACCCGUCUUCUGCUAUCAGGUACCAGAAACACGUCGUACAGAUAUACGAUAGGUGCAAAAAAAAAAAAAAAAAACCCAUAGGUUUAUUUAGCAUUUUGCUCCUUUGCAGUUCUACAUUCUGCCAAGCUAAUAUUAGGAGUAUGAAAGGUGGCGGAUGGGUUUUUGUAAUGAUAAGCAUUUCUCAACGCCUUUCCAUCAGCAGAAUGUCGAAGGGAAAAAGUGCGCCGAUAGCGGAUUCCAAACAGCAGCAGACGUACAGAUUAUUAAACCUUUUUUUUUUUUUUUUUUCUUUUCCUCCUCUUUUCCCUCCUUCCUCUCUCCACCGCUGAAGGACUUCGCGGUGGAGUGAAAGAAACAGCUCAUUGAGAUGAGAAGAGACGAGUGCGAGCAGGUGGGUUUCUUUGGUCUGUGGAGAAUAAAGAGCUCGGCCUGCAGUGAACGCCGCACUCGAACACAAAAACACACGCACGCCCGUGCGCGCACGCACACACACACACACACACAAACUACACGCAUAUAGAAAACACACACAGAUACACACACGCAUCCAUCUGUUACAUUUACAAAUUGAGCCAGUCAUCAAUCAUUCUCAAGCAAGAACCACUUGGAGGAGAGAGGCUUCAAAGUCUAAAAAAAAAAAAAUUAAAUAAAUAAUAAAACACAACCUCGGGAAAGGCUCCGGAACUUCCUUAUCGGAAUUGCUGCCGUCUUCUCUAUGUAAAACCCGAGCUGCUUGAAUCCCAGGCAAAGCAAAUGGAUGACUCAAGCCUUAGCAGCAGCAUCUCUCAAAUCUUGAGCUCCUCACUCUUUUUCUCAGACGAUUACCUGCCUUCACUUCCCCUGCGGCCCUUCUGAGAUUUUAACGAGACGUUUCCAACGCACACUUACUUACAGGAGAAUAUAAAUCCGUCCAAAGAGAUUAAGCGGCUUGCCUUUUCCACGGCCCCGUACGCGCACUUUAUUGUCUCUGUCAUAAACACAGAGGCGAAGAGGCUGACGAGCCGAGGUUGAAUUACAGCGUCGAACGCAGCCCGAAGCACCGGAUGCUCUUCUCUAUUAGUGCCAUAGAGAGAGAGAGAGCUGUGGAGCAGCUGUUUAUCUACAAGACAGCUCUAUGAGAAACUCAUCUUGUAAAUUCUACUGCCAAAAAAAUGUGGAAAAGUUUCACUUCUGGAAACGUCAGUCUUCGUUUUCUCACUUUCUUCAUAUUCAGUUAAUUAUACACCCAGCUAGAAAUGCCCCAAUCGGCUGCUUUUAAUGUGAUUUUAAUUCAGCCCUCAUGGCUGUUGGCAAGUUUUUGGUCUUUUCUUUUCUUUCCUUUCUGCCUAAUUUUUUUGCCAAAUGUGUCAACAAAAUGUGGAUAAAAUACGAAUAACAGGAUGCGCGUCUGCACCUGUAGAACCAUGUGGAAAAAUUGGAGGGAAAACCUACCGAACGCUCGGGUCUGGUAUGAAGAGUAAUCAAGCAACAGAAAUGCAAUCAAUUUUAUGAUUAUUGCCGGUGUAAUGAGCGCACCGAGAGAACGUGCGCCUCGUAAUUUAUAAUUUGUUGGAUAUUUUUGCGCAGACCUUGUUAUUAUUACUGUUUACUCUCUUCUUAAUCGGUGCUCUAACGGCGGAUGCCGUAGUUCUCUUUACAUUAGUAGGUGCAGGCUGCUCAUCUCGACUAGUAUCAAGUCAGAUCUCGGUGCAACUGGAUCCAGGAAAACAACAACAAAGACGAAAACUCAAGUGUUGACUGGAGACGAAGAGCAAUCUGAAAUAGAUUUCACCACAAUGACCAUGGAAAUGUGGGUUUUUAUUGUGUAUAAAUAUAGAUUCUUUUAAUCCUAGGCUUCCUGCUGUGAUCGUGUUGGGUAAAGAGCCAGAUGAACAAACACAGCAGUAAAAUGUCAGUCUGCCUAAAGAUGUCUAAAACCUUCCUAGCUAUGUCUGGUUUCCUCACACGGCGAAUAUGACGCUUUGAUCGAGUUUGUUGGAUUCAGUUUAAAGUCAAAUAUACCGAAUGUCAAAAUGUCCACGAAGCACCUCCACUGCAGUCAGAAUGCAGUCUUUUAAACACGGUUUGCUUUUUUAUCACCAGAUUUUUAAUAAGUACUGUAUUUAAAUGGCAUUUCCUACCACUGAUUUUAAUGUUUGGAUUGAUUCAUUGUAGGUUUUAAACAAUUCUGUGCGAAAUUCAAACCAUGCAGCAGAUAUAUGAACAAAACUAAGCAAAAAGGUUUUGUUUGUUUUAUUGAUGUUUAUUGUUGUUUAUUGAUGUUUAUUGAGGCAUUUCGUAACUUGCGUAACAUUUCGUAAUCUGAGCUGCUUGUACUGUAAACUAUAACACUAUUUUUUUUUUUGAAAGAGAAUGGGUCAUUUGAA